AUGAAGAUGACUGCGCUGCUCUCUGAGAGCCGAACAAGAAGAGCUACAAGAAGAAAAAUCCAACUGAAAAUGAAUGUCAGAAACAAAGAAAUAUCUGAUAAUCUCCAACCUGUUCUACAAAAUGGGAAAAAUCUGACUGUGGUCAAUGAGUUUUUCCUUUUAGGGUUCCAAAUUCACCAAGAUUUAAGAAUUUCUCUAUUCUGUAUUUUUCUUCUGGUUUUCUGUGGGACAAUAUGUGGGAACCUCCUGAUCAUCACCCUGGUGUCCACCAGCAAGAACCUUCACACUCCAAUGUACUUCUUCAUCUCACAACUGUCCAUCAGUGAUAUUAUGUUAAUUAUAGAUGUUGUCCCUAAUCUGCUCCGCAUCCUGCUGAAUAAUGGGGGGAACAUUACUUUUAGCGACUGUAUUACUCAGCUGUAUUUUUUUGGUGUAUCAGAAUCAUUAGAAUGUUCUCUUCUCACUGUGAUGUCUUAUGACAGAUAUGUGGCCAUUUGUAAUCCCCUCCGUUACUCCACCAUCAUGACAAGUGGACAUUGUGUGAUGUUAAUCAUCGUCUCUUGGUUAUGUGGAUUUGCUGUUAAUAUGAUUUACCACAUAACAAUAGCAAAUCUACAUUUUUGCGGGCCAAAUAUCAUUGACCAUUAUUACUGUGACAUCAUCCCCUUAGUAGAACUUGCCUGUUCUGAUACCUUCAUUAUUCACUUAGAAAUAUUUUUUAUAGGAGUUCCAAUUAUCUUUAUUCCAACCACAAUCAUUGCAAUGUCUUAUACUUACAUUGUUAUAUCCGUCUUAAGGAUCCCAUCCAGUACUGGUAGACAGAAAGCCUUCUCCACCUGUAGCUCCCACCUCAUUGUGGUCUCCAUAUUUUAUGGGACUCUCUUCAGUGUUUAUAUUGUCCCCAAAAAUGGCCUUACGUCCUCCGUAAAAACAUUAUCACUUCUAUAUACAGUGUUUACUCCUUUGGUCAACCCCAUUAUUUACAGCCUGAGAAACAAAGAUAUUAUGAAAGCCAUACAGGAAGCGUUUCAAAAAGUAGAGCUGAAACAUUGCUGCUAUAUGGGUUAA